UUUAAAUAUGGCGUUGGUUUAGUGAAACUCUUUGUUGUCGUAAUGCCUGGCACGAAAUUAAAACCUAUAUGACCAUGACGGACGAUGUCGAAGAAUUCACCUUUAUUUCUCCACCAGAGGCUCCAGUUUUUGAGCCAUCUCAAGAGGAAUUCCAGGACCCUUUGGCUUAUAUCGCCAAGAUUCGACCGUAUGCCGAGAAAACUGGUAUUUGCAAGAUACGACCACCCCCGGAUUGGAGACCUCCAUUUGCUGUAGACGUUGACAAUUUUACCUUUACGCCACGAAUACAACGUCUGAAUGAACUUGAGGCCAGAACAAGAGUUAAACUUAAUUUCCUUGAUGGUCUGGCUAAAUUUUGGGAACUCCAGGGAACUGUGUUUAAAGUUCCACAAGUUGAGAGGAAAAGUUUAGAUUUAUUCAGACUUUACAAGACUGUGCAUGAAGAAGGUGGAUUCGAGUAUAUCACAAGGAAGAAGAAAUGGACAAAUGUGGCUAGAAAGAUGGGCUAUGCUCUUGGCAAAUCUGCCCCCUCGUUGCUACGAAUGAACUAUGAGAARUACUUGUACCCCUAUGAUAUCUUUAUGGUUGGAGCAUUUACUGCAGAAGCAGUGCCUACUGUGGACCAGAUGAAGAGAGAAGAGAAAUAUGAAAUACCUUUACCUUCACCAAAUACCAACUACCAAGCAUCCAGAAGAUCAAGGAGAGGAAGACCAGAGGMUGCUUCAGCAUCUGACAUUGACUAUGAUAGUAAUCCAGAGUUAAAGAAGCUGCAAUUUAUUGCACCUGGACCCAAAAUGUCUGGAUUGACAUCCAAGAAAGAAGAUACAAAUAAUACCAGYACAACAGAGGUUAAGAAAGAACCAUUGGAAGAGAGUCCUAAAGUUUAUGCAGGUGAUAGUUCUCCUGCUAAGUCAACACGAUUUAGUAAACACAAAGACAGUGGCAAGUUAAAGAUGGAAAACAUUAAGAUUGGUAAAGAACCAGAAUUAACUAGACGAAGACCUGUCAGACAAGCCAGUAAAGUGUAUGGUUCCAGUAAAUCAUGGUUAUUAGAAGAGUAUGUCUGUCAAGUCUGUACUAAGGGGGAUUCUGAGGGUUCAAUGUUGCUGUGUGAUGGUUGUGAUGACAGUUAUCAUACUUAUUGCUUGAUACCCCCACUAGUAUCUGUACCUAAGGGUGACUGGAGAUGCCCUAGAUGUGUGGCAGAGGAAUGCAACAAGCCCCAAGAGGCUUUUGGCUUUGAGCAGGCCAAGCAAAUUUACACUCUACAAUCAUUUGGUCAAAGAGCUGAUAAGUUUAAAAAAGAGUACUUCAAAAUGCCACCAAGGGAGGUUCCAACACAGAUUGUAGAAAAGGAAUUCUGGAGACUAGUAUCUUCCAUGGAUGAAGAUCUUCAAGUUGAGUAUGGUGCUGAUCUUCACACUGCCAAACAUGGUAGUGGCUUUCCCAGGAAAGGUACAACUACUACUAAUGAAGAAGAGUAUUAUGCCAUGUCUCCAUGGAAUCUCAACAACAUGGCCAACCUUGAAAGAUCUGUAUUAUGUCAUAUCAGUGCUGAUAUCUCUGGAAUGAAGGUUCCAUGGAUAUAUGUGGGCAUGUGUUUUAGCAGUUUUUGCUGGCAUAAUGAAGACCACUGGAGCUACUCUAUCAACUAUAUGCACUGGGGCGAGCCAAAGACAUGGUAUGGUAUACCUGGUGAUGCCGCUGAAGAGUUUGAAAUGGCGAUUAAAGAAGCAGCUCCAGAACUGUUUGAAGAACAGCCUGACUUACUGCAUCAGUUGGUGACACUCAUUAACCCCAAUGACCUUACAGCUAAAGGGGUUCCUGUGGUCAGGACAAAUCAGUGUGCAGGAGAGUUUGUUGUUACAUUCCCCAGGGCAUAUCAUGCAGGAUUUAACAAUGGCUAUAACCUUGCAGAAGCUGUUAACUUUGCWACWGCUGAUUGGCUUCCUAUUGGGCGCAAGUGCAUUGAUCAUUAUCGUGAGAUGAGUCGUAACCCAGUAUUCUCUCAUGAAGAGCUUGUGUGUAAAAUGGCUGCUGAUCCUGAUGGUUUAGAUCUUGAUCUGGCUAAGGCUGUUUACGAUGAGCUGUCUUGUAUAGUGGAUUGUGAAACUAAACGGCGUAUGCRGCUGUUAUCUGAAGGAUGCCAAGAAUUAGAUAAACCAGAGGCAUUUGAACUUCUUCCUGAYGAUGAGAGACAGUGUGCUGUCUGUAAAACAACUUGUUUCAUGUCAGCUGUCACAUGUACAUGUGAACCAGAGAGACUAACCUGCAUUGACUGUGCUAAAGACMUGUGUUCAUGUGCAACACAAAACAAAACCUUAAGGUAUCGUUACACAGUUAAAGAGCUACCAUCUAUGCUGCUAAAGCUAAAACAAAGAGCUGAUUCAUUUGAUAACUGGGCAAGUGAUGUCAAAAGGGCCUUGGAGCCAUGUGACAGUAAAGUUGGUGUCUCAGACCUCAAAGAUCUUGUGGUUACAGCAGAACAAAGUCAGUUCCCAGAAUGCGAUCUCCUUCAGCUUCUAAAGUCAACUCUAGCCGAGGCAGAGAGAUGUGCAAGUGUUGCUCUACAACUUGUGAGCAGAAAACACAGAACCCGACACAAUCUUCCUACUUCGCUGGUGCAGGCUCCUAAACUCGGCUUGGAUGAGUUACAGGCAUUUGGCCAACAACUUGAAAGUCUACCUUGUGUUAUCAGAGAAGCGGAUUUGGUCCAGGAUUUAAUGACACAUGUUGAAAGCUUCCAGUGUGAGGCGCAAAAGGUCUUACAAGAACCAGUGAUUGACACAGAAAGACUCCAGCAACUACUAGACACUGGUACAAGCUUAGAUGUAGAACUACCAGAAAUACCAAAACUGAAACAGGAACUUUGCCAAGCAAAAUGGCUGGAGCAGGUGAAUGUCACACUAGAGAAUACACAAGCUGUGUCUUUUGACACAUUACAAGAACUACUUGCAACAGGAGAAACAUUGGCACAGAAACCURCUGUAUCGAAGGCUGUUGGUGAACUGCGGGAGCUGGUUCAACUUGGUGAAAAAUGGGAAGAAAAGGCCAAGCUUUGUCUGCAAGCAAGACCCCGUCAUGUUAUGGCUACCGUAGAAGCCAUCGUUCARGAGGCGUCCCACGUGCCGGUAUUUCUKCCUAAUGUUAGCGCUCUCAAUGAAUCGCUAAGAAAAGCUACUGAAUGGUCAGACAAAGUCGACAAAGUUCAGAAUGAUAAGUAUUAUCCAUAUCUGGAAGUUCUUGAAGCACUGGUCAUGCGUGGUCGGCCCAUUCCUGUUCGACUAGAGCAGCUUCCCCAGAUGGAGUCACAAGUUGCUGCUGCUAGAGCCUGGAGAGAUAGGGCAGCAAGAACCUUCCUYAAGAAGAACUCCAACACUCCAUUACUUGAAAUAUUGUUGCCAAGAAAAGACAUAGGAAACUAUAAAUCCUGCCCAAGACCACGUAAAAAGAAAGAGAAAGAGAAAGAGAAGGAAAAAGAGAAAGAGAUAGUGAUGGAUUUGACAGCAAUUGACGAUUAUAUCGGCAGGGAUCCAUUACACCAAAUAGCUCAGUUUAAAGAAGGAGAACUCAAAGAGAUGGAAGCUGUUAGUAAACUUCGCAAACAGCACAUCUCUCGUUACAAAGAAGAGGAAUCAAAACGUCAGUCAGGAGAGUCUGUCGACGGCCAGUAUUGUAUAUGUCGUCGUGGUCCCGAAGGCUUCAUGUUAAUGUGUGAGUUGUGUAAAGAAUGGUAUCACGGUUCAUGCGUACCUCUACCGCGUACACAAAGCGGCAAGACUGUGGGCAAGGGAUCUGCUGGCUUAGAAGCAGCUAAGGAACUUAAAUACUUGUGUCCACUAUGUCUCAGGUCAAGGCGACCUCGUCUAGAAACUAUAUUAUCACUUCUUGUAUCGUUACAAAAGCUGCCUGUUAGACUUCCAGAGGGGGAAGCGCUUCAGUUUUUAACAGAGAGAGCAAUGAACUGGCAAGACCGUGCGAGACAACUGCUGGCUGAUACAGACAUAAACAGUAUUAUGAACUCAGACAAAGGGACAUCAGGAGUGUCAGCUGAAAACCUGUCAGCAUCAGCAGCACUACUAAGACUUGCUAAUAUUACUACUGUUGAUAGUAGUAGUSCAUUGGUCUUACCAGAUGAUAAGAAAGCUGCACUAGAAGAACUUAUGAUGGAAGGUGAUCUACUCGAGGUAACACUUGACGAGACCGAUCAAUUAUGGAAGUGUCUAAGAAGUCAACGUUCAUUUGAAGACACAAAGGUAUUUGGUAUCAAGCAAGAAAAGGAAAAAGUGAAAAGAAAACGCCGCAAGAAAGACGAGGAUGAUAAAACCAAGCCAGCAAGACGAUCAUCAACAUCGUCCAACACAUCAAACAACGACGGACCCAAGAAGCGUCGAAAAUCCAAGCAAGUGAUUAAUGUGGACGAAGACGACGAAGACGAAGUUUGUGCUUCCAAGGCUUGCGGCCGUCCAUCAGGAGACGAGGUGGACUGGGUACAAUGCGAUUCAUGUGAACAAUGGUUUCAUUUGGUGUGUAUAGGACUGACAAGCGAGAAGGCUGAGGCUCUGGAAUCCUUCAAAUGUAGUCUGUGCGUCGAACAUGUAGUUAACAUAUCAAGCACCAAUGAUUCUCCUGAAUCUAUCAAUGUUGAUGUGGAUAGUACGACGCCAUACGCUAAUUCACCGACCGACGUCAUGGAAGUCGACCAAUGAUAAUUUACUUAUGAUGUCAUACAGAYCAACUGAAUCAUACUCUAAUUUUCCCUCUGAUGUCAUUCAAAAAUGAUGGUUUMAAUACCAUACUCUACUCAUUUACCUCUUGAAGGGACGAAAUGCUUGACGUCAUAGACAGCUAACUUGUUAUAUAUAAUUGUUUUUGCAGCGGUAAGCAAAGUGGUGUUAAAUGCUGUAAUUAUUCAAAAUUUGCUGAUUCCACAAACUUCAUAUUAUGUUAUGUGUUGUUGGAAACCUUUUGUUGUCAUGGGAACUGUCAGUUCUAAGGCGGUGUCAUCACAACGUGUAUUGUACAAAAGUUGAACAAUUGAAUCAAAAACACAAAACUAUAGUUACUCGUUUGUGUUCGUUGUAUGUAGUAUUCCCAAUUUAUUUAUGAAAGAUCAUGCUUUGCUACCUCACUACAGGGUGACCCUUAGUCCAUUCUGUGGUCGUCAAAUAUUUAAGAAAUUAUUGCAAUAAACAUUCUUGAUAUACA